UAUACUUCCGGUGUAUACAGAACAGUCAUUUUUUGCUAAUUUAGUGAUUUAUUUUAUAAUUCAUAGUCAUGAUGCCAUUGAAAUAGAUUUUAAAAGCUGUAUAUGAAUUUUCUUUACAAAAAGGUACAUUAAUUUAAAAAUUAUGCCAAGACAUAAACGAGGAAGAAGAAGGUUUAUAGAUGAUGAUAAUUAUUCACAGAGACAAAAGUUUCAAAACUCAGGCUCUGCUAGAUCUAAUGUACAAUCAAGAAGAUAUGAGGACCAGCAUGGUUUUAGAGGAAGGAGAAGAUCAAAUUUUAAAGAGGACGGAAGGGGAUAUUCAGGAUACAGCUCAUCCAGUGAACAGCAAAGUAGUUCAUCCACAAAUUCUAGUUGUGGAAAUGAGCUUGAAAUUCCAGGGUUUUACUAUGAUGCAGAAAAGAAACGGUAUUUCAAGAUAGCUCCCAACCAUGCAUCCAGUACCUGCAACUAUACAAGAGAUUCCAUUGCUAAACAACAAGCUGAGAAAAAAAGACAGAGUGACAUCGCUGAAAUAUUUCAAAGUGACAUUAAAGCAGUAUUAAAGCAAAAAGCAUAUAGAAAAUGUGUGUCACAUAAUUUGACUCAUCUUAUUCAAGACAGGCUAGUGAUGGGUCAUACAAAAUCUUUUUUAAGAUCAAAAAUUUUUCAGAACAGUGUGUCUCAUUUUAAGCCGGUAGGUUCACAAAACAUUUUUGAUCCACCUCUUUUGGAUCAUUAUGAAAAUUUAGAACAUAUGCAGGUAAUGCAUAUAGGUGACGAUCAUAAUGAAAUUCUAUCCUUGUGGUCUAUAAGAGAGACUUGGGUUCAGAGGAUACAAAGAAUUCAAAUCUCUGAAUCAGUACGGACUGACAAACAAACAUCACUGUCUGUUAUUGGAAAGCCUAAAUUACAAGCAAUUUUACCAAUGUUGAAUAAAGUGACAGAUCUAUGCUGGGCUCCAGUUUCAGAUGGCCAGAAACAUGUUUUAUACACUACAAUGUGCCAUAUGGGACACCAGGAAAGUUUAGCUCAAAUAAAAAGUUUAAACCCGGAAGAUACCACAGCAAGUCAGAAUUACAACCUAGGUAAGAAAGCUACAUGGACCUGUGCCUGGAACAAAGCAAAAUGUCAGUUCAGUGUAGGCAGUGAAAAGUGUGCUUUAGUGCUGAAUGUAGAACGUAGAACAAUGUGGGAAUACAAUACAAACAAAAGUGAUCCACUCUCCCUGGCAUUCUCAAAUCAUUCAGGGAACAAACUACAUGUAGGCACACGCAAGGGUCAAAUAUUGACAUUUGACAGGAGAAGUACGUCAACCUUUCCAAUUGUGACUUUAAACCAUCAUUCCAGUGUAUGUAGUGUAAAAGAAAUGGAAAAUGACAACUUUCUGCUUGCCUCAGACUUCACAGGAAAGAUUUGUUUAUGGGAUAUUAGAAUGAAAAAGAUUUUGGUGCAAUAUUCAGGAAAUAUAAAUCAGUAUUCCAGACUUCCUUUGCAUGUUGAUGAACUGCAGAAAAUAGUUUACACAGUUGGUGAGGAUGGAUACACUAGGUUUUGGAGUUUAGAUGAAGGGAAACAACUCUACACUAUUCCUCCUCCGUGUUCUGUGUCAAGGGAGACAAUUCCAUGUGUCAAAUUAUCCAGUAGAUGGGGAGACAGAGAUGGAAAUACAGGACUUAUAAUGGGACUGAAAAAUAAACUCUAUUUUUAUGGAACAUUACCAUUGACCUGAUCGAAUGGAAUGGGCUAUUUAUAGUUUAUGGGUCGGGAAGAUUAAGAUAAAACUUAAACACUGCUUGAAACUUUGUUGGUGAUAAUUAAUUUAAUUAAUAAAUUUAUUACAAGAAUUCCAUUAGUAUGUUGGUAACCAUAUAUACAUACACAUGUUUUUAGCUGUAAAAAAAAUCAAUACAUGUGUGUUACACUGUGAUAAAUUAAAAUGGAAUGAUACAAAUGUUCUGUAUGAUUAAAAAAAGAUUAAUAUAGAAUUUGUUGAAAUAAGAAA